AAAAAGGAAAUUUCCCCACUAAUCUCCAAAAGUAAUUUCGUGCCAAUGAAAUUUGGAGAAUAAAGCAAGCGCCAAUAAGGUUUAAGGAUCCAUCUUUUGUAUCCUUAAUCCAAAUCAGUCACAUCAACCCUAAUAAAGCAGAAAGAAGGUCUUAAAAAACGUACCUUCUAUUUUUCCAUGCUCUUAUAGUCAAUAACGCUUUUAUUCAAAAUGUCAUCCAAACAUUAUGAUAAAAUUCUAGUAAAGAAUCUAGUAUUAAAGAACAUAGCAGGUGUGGAGGCUUGGCAGAGACUUAAACACCAACCCGUUGUCAUAUCGGUAGAACUCUUUACUGAUAUUACUGCAGCAGGAAACACUGAUCAUGUCAAAAACACCAUUCAUUAUGGUCAUGUCACCAAAGCCAUUACUACAUUAGCUGAAUCAACCAUGUUUGGGACUUUGGAAGGUUUAGCCCAUGCUGUCGUAAAAUUAUGUUGUGUCAAAUUCGGUGCAGCAAAGACGACAGUGACAGUAGAACAACCAAAGGCUUUACUUCAUGCUGCUGCUUCAGGCGUCAAACUGACUCGCGCCUUAGAAGAUUAUAAAAAUGUGAAUAAUAGCAUUGUCGAAACAACCGGGGAAAUUUCAGGUUUGGGCGUGGAAGACGUAAUUUUCGUCAGAGAUCUACGCCUUCACACUAUUGUAGGAGUCAAUCCAUGGGAACGUGAAGAGAAACAAGUCGUUAUUAUCAAUUUGAAAGUCUAUCCUUCAUCUUUACCGUAUGGAAAAUAUGUACUGGCAGACUCAGAGCGGAAUAAAGCUCAUAAUCUAAGGACGGUAGUGCGCACAUUGACACGACAUAUUGAAGCCUCCGGUUACAAAACAAUCGAAGCAUUUGCGUCGACAGUCGCUCGUCUGACGUUAGAGAAAUGUCAUGUCAACAAAAUUUCUGUUCGUGUCGAGAAACCCAGUGCCAUUCUCUUUGCUGAUUGUUCAGGUAUCGAAGUAACUCGUGACCGCAUAUGGUUAAAGGAAGUGAUUGAAUGCGAAGAAAAGGAAGGAAGGAAAUUUAUGCACAAUUCUGGAAAUUUGAACUUUCAGAAAGAGAUCCCAGCUCAUUAUAUCCACACAUGCUAUAUCGCGUUCGGAUCCAACAUUGGUGAUCGUGUCAAUAAUAUAAAAAAGGCUCUUAGCAUGUUGGAAGCAGACUGCAGUAGUAUAAUUCUGGACACCAGUUAUUUAUAUGAGACACCACCUAUGUACUACACAGAACAGCCUGCUUUUUUGAAUGGAGCUUGUAAAAUUGCCACAUGCCUUACACCUCAAGAACUUUUGACGAAAUUGAAAGAAGUAGAAAACAACUUGGGUCGCCAGGCAAACUUUAGAAAUGGUCCGCGACCUAUUGACUUGGAUAUUUUAUUCUAUGAUGAUCUCGUUUUAGAGGAUGAUGACAGACUCAUCGUUCCGCACAAAUCACUACAAGAGCGUGAGUUUGUGCUUUGGCCAUUAUGUGAUAUUGCUCGUGAUAUGGAACAUCCGCGCCUAUUCAAAACAUGUGGACAACUGCUGUCGCAACUGCUAAAGGUGAAUGCCGAAAGUGAAGAAGGACCAUUAAAAAUUGAUAAAGUCAUGCCCAUACAAGAGGGGAGGUUAUGGAGGUGGAAUGAAAAGACUUAUGUCAUGGGUAUUUUAAACACUACUCCUGACAGCUUUUCAGAUGGAGGGAAACAUUAUGACAUCUCAGCGGCGAUCGCUUCUGCUUGGCGAAUGAAGGAAGAAGGUGCAGAUAUCAUUGAUGUUGGCGGUAUGUCGACACGGCCCGGUGCUGACGACACAUUCCCAGAAGAAGAAGAGAUCAAGCGUGUUGUGCCUGUUAUUACUGAACUACGUGCUGCAGGAUUCGAUUUACCUAUUUCUGUAGACACAUUCCGAGCAGCAGUCGCUGCUGCUGCUAUUAAAGCUGGUGCCAAUUUGAUCAACGACAUCAGUGGAGGCUCUCGUGACCCAAAUAUGCUGAAAGUAAUGGCUGAAUGUAAUGUACCUGUUUGUUUAAUGCAUAUGCGUGGUGAUGCACAGACCAUGAUGUCCAAACAGAAUACAACCUAUGAAAACGAUGAUGUGGUUGAUGAUGUUUCUCAUGUAUUGAACACACUUGUACAAAGAGCCAUAGCUGCGGGUGUUCAUCGAUACAAUAUCAUAAUUGAUCCAGGAAUUGGGUUUGCAAAGACGGGCCAACAGGAUUUUGAUAUUAUACGUCAUUUGAAAGAUAUUUCACAAAAGCAAGAUUCUUUACUGUUUGGUCUGCCAUGUUUAAUGGGUAUUAGUCGUAAAAAGUUUAUAGGUAACAUUACGGGUGUCAAAGAGGCGGAGAAGAGAACCUUUGGAACAGCAGGUGCAGUUGCAGCCUGCGUUGCCGGCGGAGCUAAUAUAGUUAGAGUACACGAUGUCCGCCAGAUGUGGGAGGUAACGAAAGUUUGUGAUGCAAUUUGGCGGCAUUAGAUUAUAAGGAUGUAUGUAUCAAAUGUUAAAGCGUGACCAUAGGGUACAGGAUAAUGCUCCUAGAAAAUACUGUUACUGCAAAAUAAUAAAAAAUAACUGCUCUUCUCAAGAUCUAAACCAGAAGCCACCAGAAGGCGUUGAAAUAGAAGAAGCCGAAAGCUUUAAAAA